AUGUCCACACCCGAACCACUCCAAGUAGUGGUGGCGGACGAGAAAGCCCGAGCAGCCUUAAGCUCAAGAUCAUCCAGCGAAUCCAAAGAAGAACCCAAGAAAAAAUGGUAUCAAAAACUCAACCCAUUACGCCUCCAAAAGAUCCCUCCAAUUCCAACAGAGCGAUCAACCUCCCACGAACACGGCGCCUCAUUCUUCAGCAUUAUCUCCUUCCAAUGGAUGUCCCCCCUAAUGAAAGUGGGAUACUUACGCCCACUAGAACUGCAGGAUAUCUGGACCGUCAACCCAGACCGCGCCGUCGAUGUACUAUCAGCGCGGUUAGACGCAGCCCUGGAAAAGCGGAAUGAGAGCGGGACUAACCGCCCGCUCGCCUGGGCGUUGUAUGACACCUUCAGGUUCGAAUUCUUGCUUGGUGGCGUGUGCCAGUUCUUCAGUUGCUUAUUGCUUGUUUUUGCGCCGUACUUGACUCGGUACCUAAUUGCUUUUGCUACCAGUGCUUAUGUCGCUCAGCAUAGUGGCCAGCCUGCUCCCCAUAUUGGUCAUGGUAUGGGGUUCGUUGUGGGUAUCACUUGCAUGCAGGGGCUGCAGAGUCUAUGCACCAAUCAAUUUUUGUAUCGAGGUCAGAUUGUUGGUGGACAGAUUCGCGCGGUGCUCAUUUCGCAUAUCUUUAAUAAGGCCAUGAAGCUUUCUGGUCGGGCCAAGGCUGGUGGGAAAGCUACUGAUGAGGAGAUCAAGGCGCUUGAGGCUACUAAGGAGGCUCUUCUCAAUUCCGAGGAUAAGGGCCAAAAAGGCGAGAAAAAAGACGAGAAGAAAAACUCCGAUGCUGCUGCUACCCCUGGUGGCGUGGCUGGUGAUGGCACGGGUUGGAACAAUGGCCGCAUCACGGCUCUCAUGAGUAUCGACGUUGACAGAAUCAACUUGGCUUCUGGCAUGUUCCAUAUGAUUUGGAGUGCACCCGUCACCAUCAUUGUCACAUUGGUCCUUCUCUUAGUCAACAUUGGUUACAGUUGCUUGUCAGGCUAUGCUUUGCUAUUGAUCGGAAUGCCGCUGCUCACCUUUGCCAUCCGAUCAUUGAUCAAGCGUCGCCGAGACAUCAACAAAAUCACCGACCAGCGCGUAUCACUCACACAGGAAAUUCUCCAAGCUGUCCGGUUCGUCAAGUACUUUGGUUGGGAAAGUAGUUUCCUUGGCCGGCUGAAAGAACUGCGUGGGCGAGAGAUUCGAUCCAUCCAGACAUUGCUGGCCCUUCGAAAUCUCAUCCUUUGCGUGUCCAUGUCUAUUCCCACGUUCGCUUCCAUGUUGGCCUUCAUCACCUACGCCCUUUCAAAUCAUAAUUUGGACCCCGCGCCAAUUUUCUCAUCAUUGGCUUUGUUCAACUCCCUGCGUUUGCCGCUGAACAUGUUGCCUAUGAUUAUUGGUCAGGUUACCGAUGCUUGGACUGCCCUUAACCGUAUCCAGGAGUUCCUUCUUGCCGAGGAGCAGAAAGAAGACAUUGAAGUCGAUGACAAGAUGGAGAAUGCCAUUGAGAUUGAACGUGCUUCAUUCACUUGGGAACGUCUUCCGACGGAUGAAAAGGAUGCCGAAAAGGCUGAAAAGGCCCAAAAGGCAGAGAAGAAGUCUCCCAGCCCCAAAAACCCCCAAGGAGAAUUCACUGUGGAGAAACUCUCGGAGCCCUUCAAACUGAAGGAUAUGACAAUUGAAGUUGGUCGAAAUGAAUUGUUGGCCGUGAUUGGAACCGUGGGCUGUGGCAAGAGUUCUUUGCUCUCAGCCCUUGCAGGCGACAUGCGUGUGACCGAUGGUACUGUUCGACUUAGUACCACCCGCGCAUUCUGUCCCCAGUAUGCUUGGAUUCAGAAUACCUCUGUGCGCAACAACAUUCUAUUUGGCAAAGAGUAUGAUGAGACUUGGUACGAGCAAGUGGUUGACGCAUGUGCUCUGACUCCGGAUCUGGAGAUUCUUCCAAAUGGCGAUCAGACUGAGAUUGGAGAACGGGGCAUUACCGUGUCUGGAGGACAGAAGCAGCGUUUGAACAUUGCCCGAGCAAUCUAUUUCAAUGCGGAAAUGGUACUCAUGGACGACCCGUUGUCGGCUGUCGAUGCUCACGUUGGACGUCACAUAAUGGACAAGGCGAUUUGUGGGUUGCUCAAGGAUCGUUGUCGCAUUCUGGCCACACAUCAACUCCACGUUCUCAACCGAUGUGAUCGGAUUGUUGUUAUGGACGAGGGACGUAUCGAUGCUGUCGAUACCUUUGACAACUUGAUGCGUGACAAUGCACUCUUCAAGCGGUUGAUGUCUACUUCCAGACAGGAAGACACAAAAGAAGAGGAGAGCGAAGCAGUUGAUGAAGCCGUCGAAGAAGCCGAAGAAAAACAACCAGUUCCUAAAAAGACCUCACCUGCAAAGCCUAGCGGUGCCUUGAUGCAGAAUGAAGAAAAAGCCACAGCAUCCGUAGGCUGGAGCGUUUGGAAAGCCUACAUCCGGGCAUCGGGCAGUUACCUCAAUGCGGUCAUGGUCUUGAUUCUAAUCGCAGCUGUCAACGUCGCCAACAUUUGGACUAGUCUCUGGCUUUCAUACUGGACCUCUGACAAAUACCCCAGUUUUUCGACUGGCCAAUACAUUGGAGUCUACGCUGGUCUAGGUGUAAGCGUUGCAAUUUUGAUGUUCUCCUUCUCCACCUACAUGACCACUUGCGGCACAAACGCGAGUAGGACAAUGCUUCAGCGUGCUAUGACUCGUGUGCUCCGUGCUCCUAUGAGUUUCUUCGAUACCACGCCCCUUGGACGAAUCACCAAUCGUUUCUCGAAAGAUGUCACCGUCAUGGAUAAUGAACUUUGUGAUGCGAUGCGGAUCUAUUCUCUGACGAUGACCAUGAUUAUUUCGGUUAUGGUUUUGAUUAUCGUCUUCUUCUAUUACUUCGUCAUUGCACUUGUCCCACUCACCAUCCUCUUCGUCCUGGCUUCCAACUACUACCGUGCCUCCGCACGAGAAAUGAAGCGUCACGAGGCGGUUCUGCGAUCGAUGGUCUACGCUAAGUUUGGCGAGGCUAUCACUGGCACAGCAUGCAUUCGUGCAUACGGUGUCCAGAACCAAUUCCGCCGCAGCAUCUGUGACUCAAUUGAUGUGAUGAACGGAGCUUACUUCCUGACUUUCUCCAACCAGCGCUGGCUCAGUGUUCGACUUGAUGCCGUGUCCACUGGAUUAGUCUUCGUGACUGGUGUAUUGGUCGUCACUUCUCGGUUCAACGUCUCGCCCAGUAUCUCUGGACUGGUCCUGUCCUACAUUCUCUCUAUUGCGCAGAUGCUACAGUUUACCGUUCGUCAGCUUGCUGAAGUUGAGAACAAUAUGAAUGCCACAGAGCGUCUUCAUUACUACGGUACUGAGCUAGAAGAGGAAGCACCCUUGCAUCAAACCGAGGUGUCCGCCAGCUGGCCCGAGAAAGGUCGCAUCACGUUCACCAAUACAGAGAUGCGUUACCGGGCUGAGCUGCCCCUUGUCCUGAAAGGUCUGAGCAUGGAUGUCCAAGGCGGCGAGCGCAUCGGAAUUGUCGGCCGUACUGGCGCCGGAAAGUCAAGCAUCAUGUCGGCACUAUUCCGCCUGACCGAGUUAUCAGGGGGAAGCAUCCAAAUUGACGGAAUCGACAUUUCAACUGUCGGACUGAACGACCUUCGAUCCCGUCUUGCCAUCAUUCCACAAGACCCAGCCCUCUUCAAGGGAACCAUCCGAUCAAACUUGGAUCCAUUCAACGAACACAAUGAUAUCGAACUAUGGAACGCCCUGCGCAAAGCAUACCUCAUCGGCCAGGACCAAGAACUAGAAGUCGAAGGCAAAGCCUCCGCACCAGCGGUUGAAAGCCCGGCUGUCGGCAGCGAGGACGGCAAGCGCCAGAAAAAACGGCUGACACUCGAAUCACCCGUCGACGAAGAAGGUCUCAAUUUCUCCCUCGGACAGCGACAACUAAUGGCCCUUGCUCGCGCGCUGGUUCGCGAUGCGCGCAUCAUCGUCUGCGAUGAAGCUACCUCGUCUGUCGAUUUCGAGACUGAUCAGAAGAUUCAACGAACCAUGGCGCAGGGCUUUGAGGGCCGCACCUUGUUGUGUAUUGCGCAUCGUUUGCGUACAAUCAUUCACUAUGAUCGGAUCUGCGUUAUGGAUCAGGGCCAGAUUGCCGAGAUGGGUGCGCCGGUUGUUCUGUGGGACAACGAAGACGGUAUCUUCCGUGCGAUGUGUGAUCGCAGCGGAAUCACACGCGAGGACAUUCUCAACGCUGAAUGA